AUGCUCAGCGGCGCGCUCGCGGGGACCACCGAGCACUGCGCCAUGUUCCCCCUGGACACCAUCAAGACCCGCAUGCAGACCGCGACCACCUCCGCGGUGGCCGGCGCGACGCUCGGGGGAUCCACCGUCCCAUCGCACGGCGUCGUCCGCUCGCACGGCGUCGCCGGUCUCUACCGCGGCGUCGCCGCCGUGGGCAUCGGCGCCGGCCCCGCGCACGCCCUCUACUUCGCCACGUACGAGCACAUGAAGCGUCAUCUGGCGUCUGACGACGGCAGGCACCACCCGUUUCACCACGCAUUCGCCGGAGCUUGCGCGACCGUAGUGGGCGACGCGGUGCAGACGCCCGUGGACACCGUCAAGCAGCGGCUGCAGAUGCACAACUCGCCGUACAACGGGGUGUGGGACUGCGUCAAGCGGACCCUAAACGCCGGCGGGGUUCGAGCGCUGUACCGAUCGUACCCGACUACGCUGGCGAUGAACGUCCCGUUCACCGCCAUCCACUUCACCGCGUACGAGAGCUCGAAAAUCGCGCUGAGGGACUUGACCAACGGCGGGAAGGACGUCGAGGAGGAGAGCUUCUUCACGCAGUUCACCGCGGGGGGUUUAGCGGGUGGGCUCGCCGCGGGGAUCACCACUCCGCUCGACGUCGUCAAGACUCGCAUGCAGACGCACUGCGAGGUUGCGGAGUGCGAGAUGUCCAACUUUUGGGCGGUGCUCCGAACGAUCGCCAAGGAGGAGGGCGCGUGGGCGCUGACGCGGGGGCUGGGUCCGAGGGUGCUGUUUCACAUACCCGCGGGCGCCAUCUCGUGGGGGACGUACGAGGCUGGUAAGAGGAUGCUGGGCAUCACGGGGGGUGGCCACCACCAUUAG